AUGGGGCUGGACGCGCUUUCGCCAAGGAUGCUCCUGGGUCUGGUGGCCUUGGGGAUCGUUUUCUGCGGGGAGCUGUGUGUCUCCGCUGGCCUUGAUUAUGACUACACUUUUGAUGCGAGCGAAGAGGAUAAGACAGAGACUAUCGAUUACAAAGACCCGUGCAAAGCCGCUGUAUUUUGGGGUGAUAUUGCCUUAGAUGAUGAAGACUUAAAUAUCUUUCAAAUAGAUAGGACAAUUGACCUGACCCAGAACCCCUUUGGACAACUUGGACAUACCACAGGUGGACUUGGCGACCAUGCUAUAGCAAAGAAACGAGGGGCUCUCUAUCAACUUAUAGACCGGAUAAGAAGAAUUGGUUCUGGCUUGCAGCAAAACAGCACAGUUAAGGAAAAAGUACCUCAAAAAUUCUCAGGGCAAAAUGAGAAAAAUCGAGUUCCCAGAGCUGCUACAUCAAGAACAGAAAGAAUAUGGCCUGGAGGUGUUAUUCCUUAUGUCAUAGGAGGCAACUUUACUGGCAGCCAGCGAGCCAUGUUCAAGCAGGCCAUGAGACACUGGGAAAAGCAUACCUGUGUGACUUUCAUUGAAAGAAGCGAUGAAGAGAGUUACAUUGUAUUCACCUAUAGACCUUGUGGAUGCUGCUCCUACGUAGGUCGGAGGGGAAAUGGACCUCAGGCCAUCUCUAUUGGAAAGAACUGUGACAAGUUUGGAAUUGUUGUUCAUGAACUGGGCCAUGUGAUAGGCUUUUGGCACGAGCAUACACGACCAGAUCGAGACAACCAUGUAACUAUCAUAAGGGAAAACAUCCAGCCAGGUCAAGAGUACAAUUUUCUGAAGAUGGAGCCUGGAGAAGUGAACUCUCUUGGAGAACGAUAUGACUUUGACAGUAUCAUGCACUAUGCCAGGAACACCUUCUCAAGGGGGAUGUUUCUGGACACCAUUCUCCCCUCCCGUGAUGACAAUGGCAUUCGGCCGGUGAUUGGCCAGCGGACCCGGUUGAGCAAAGGAGAUAUUGCACAGGCAAGAAAGCUGUAUAGAUGUCCAGCUUGUGGAGAAACUCUACAGGACUCCAAUGGCAAUCUCUCUUCUCCAGGAUUCCCGAACGGCUACCCAUCUUACACACACUGCAUCUGGAGGAUCUCUGUGACCCCAGGGGAGAAGAUAGUCUUCAAUUUUACCACCCUGGAUCUCUACAAGAGCAGCUUGUGCUGGUACGACUAUAUUGAAGUGAGAGACGGGCACUGGAGAAAGUCGCCUCUCCUUGGUAGAUUCUGUGGGGACAAAGUACCUGAAGUUCUCACCUCUACAGACAGCAGGAUGUGGAUUGAGUUUCGUAGCAGCAGUAACUGGGUAGGAAAAGGGUUUGCCGCUGUGUAUGAAGCGAUCUGUGGAGGUGAGAUACGUAAAAACGAAGGACAGAUUCAGUCUCCCAAUUAUCCUGAUGACUAUCGACCGAUGAAAGAAUGUGUGUGGAAAAUCACGGUGUCUGAGGGCUACCAUGUCGGGGUGACCUUUCAGGCCUUUGAGAUUGAAAGACAUGACAACUGUGCUUAUGACCACUUAGAAAUUCGAGAUGGGACCAGUGAAAAUAGCCCCUUGAUUGGGCGUUUCUGUGGUUACGAUAAACCUGAAGAUAUAAGAUCCACCUCCAAUACCUUGUGGAUGAAGUUUGUUUCUGAUGGAACUGUCAACAAAGCUGGGUUUGCUGCUAACUUUUUUAAAGAGGAAGAUGAGUGUGCCAAACCUGACCGAGGGGGCUGUGAGCAGCGGUGUCUGAAUACCCUGGGCAGCUACCAGUGUGCCUGUGAGCCUGGUUAUGAGCUGGGGCCUGACAGAAGGGGUUGCGAAGCUGCCUGUGGCGGGCUUCUUACCAAGCUGAAUGGCACCAUAACCUCCCCUGGCUGGCCUAAAGAGUACCCUCCUAAUAAAAACUGUGUGUGGCAAGUGGUGGCACCAACACAGUACAGAAUUUCCGUGAAGUUUGAAUUUUUUGAACUGGAAGGGAAUGAAGUUUGCAAAUACGAUUAUGUGGAGAUUUGGAGUGGUCUUUCCUCUGAGUCCAAAUUGCAUGGCAAAUUCUGUGGUGCUGAAGUGCCUGAAGUGAUCACCUCGCAGUUCAAUAACAUGAGAAUUGAAUUCAGAUCGGACAACACUGUGUCAAAGAAGGGCUUCAAAGCACAUUUCUUCUCAGAUAAAGACGAAUGUUCUAAGGAUAAUGGUGGGUGUCAGCACGAAUGUGUCAACACUAUGGGAAGCUACACAUGUCAGUGCCGUAACGGGUUUGUCCUGCAUGAAAACAAACAUGAUUGCAAGGAAGCUGAAUGUGAGCAGAAGAUCCACAGCCCCAGCGGUCACAUCACCAGUCCCAACUGGCCAGACAAAUACCCAAGCAGGAAAGAGUGUACGUGGGAGAUCAGUGCCACUCCCGGCCACCGGAUUAAAUUAGCCUUUAGUGAGUUUGAGAUUGAGCAACAUCAAGAAUGUGCUUAUGAUCAUUUGGAAGUAUUUGAUGGAGAAACAGAAAAAUCACCAAUUCUUGGACGACUGUGUGGUAACAAGAUACCGGAUCCCCUUGUGGCUACUGGAAAUAAAAUGUUUGUUCGGUUUAUUUCUGAUGCAUCUGUUCAAAGAAAAGGCUUUCAAGCCACACAUUCUACAGAGUGUGGUGGUCGAUUGAAAGCAGAACCAAAACCCAGAGAUCUGUACUCACAUGCACAGUUUGGUGACAACAACUAUCCAGGACAGGUCGACUGUGAGUGGCUGCUCGUAUCAGAACGAGGCUCUCGACUUGAAUUAUCUUUCCAGGCCUUUGAAGUGGAAGAAGAGGCUGACUGUGGUUAUGACUAUGUGGAGCUCUUUGAUGGUCUUGAUUCAACAGCUGUGGGGCUCGGUCGAUUCUGUGGAUCUGGGCCAGCAGAAGAAAUCUAUUCCAUUGGAGAUGCAGUUUUAAUUCAUUUUCACACUGAUGACACAAUCAACAAGAAAGGAUUUUAUGUAAGAUACAAGAGCAUAAGAUAUCCAGAAAGCAUGCAUACCAAAAAAUAGCAUCUGAACCUCUAUCAGAACGUAAAGGCAUGUGCACAGUGGAGACAAGAUGUAUUUUUUUUUAAACUGAGGACAUUAGCACAAAUGUUUUAUAUAGUGAGUUUGAACAAAAGAAAACUGUAAGAUCAAAUUACACUCAUUGUACUGAAAGAGGAAUUUCCAGCUAAUGGUGACCAGCAUUACAGGAAUAUUUGAACUCUGCUUGAUGCAUUAAGAAAUCUGGUGGAUGGGCACCGCGUGCUUCAAGAAAAGACCCCAACAGCUUUUGUUCACAGCUUGAAACAGAUGCCUCAUGACUCAGACAGUUCACCUCUGGGGCCAUUACCCUGAAGGGUGUUCCUUUUGACUAUUUUCCAAGAUUUGGGGACAUACAAUGACCUUGCAGGUCAUAAAUUGGAAAACCCUUUACCUUUAGUGUAUUUCCCUUGACUUUGUAUCAAUGAUACAAUGUAAGCCAGAUUCAUGUAAGGUGAUGUGAAGUGGGAGUCUUUGGAGGGUGGUUUUUACCAUGUGUGUGCACGUGCGUGUGUGCGUGCGUGUGUGCGUGUAUGUGUGUGCAAUGUCUGGAAACUGGAAUAUUUCAGCUUUAUUAUUUUCACUCGUAGGCCAAUUUAACUUCUGUAAAAUGCAAAUAAUAUUGAGACCACUUCAUUGUACUUACAUUUUGACAAGUUCAGAGUGUUGAUAGUAUCUACUAAUGCAGUUAAAGUCUAGACAUCACUUAUUUAAUUACUGGAAAAUGCCCAGUUGAUUGGUAAACUCAGUUCCUUCUAAGGACUGCUGCCUUUUCACACAAAACGUAAGAGCCCUGUGAUGUCUUACAAUCCUUAUGAGAAAACUCCUGCAUGGUAUGCACAGGGUUCUUCUAAGUGACUGCCUGGAUGAUUCAUACUCAAAUUACUACUGCUGCUAUUGUCUUUCUUUUGUUGAUGAUGAAUUAUUGUUGUAGUUAUUAUUGUUGAUGUCAUGGUUAGUGUUUUUUUAAAAAAUCGAAUGAAGUGGAAGUGGCCCUUGUGAGAAUUUAAAAAUCUCUCUAUAUUUGCUUCCUGGAAUUCAGUUCAAAAAAUGCAACGUUGAAAAGGCUUUUUGUUUUGUUUUGUUUUUUUUUCAGAAAAACUUCCUAUGGUGCUAUUCCAUAAACUUUUUUUUAAAACAAUUUUUUGACCUUUGAGCCAACUGUAGACUAUGAAUGUCUCCAUAUGUCUGGCUGGUAGCAUUUGAAGAAUAAAGACUUUCAAGAGUAUAUCAUUGCAAAGGCAGAUACAUAUAUCUCCUGUGGAACAACUACUUAUAUUGCCUUAGAAUUCUUGCACAUGAUCCAACAGCUCUUCCUAGAAACACACCUUUUGAAAUAUUGGACAUAAUAGUGUAUGUUAAUCAGCAGAUCCAUGAGGAAAACCCAUUUCCCUGACUGAGACAUUGGACAUAAACAUGGUGACCUGCUUUUGUUGUAGAAAAUGUAAUUUUAGGAUGAAUUUCCUGCUUUACAGCCAUGUAUGUUUUUAAUAUUACUGUAUGUAUAUGUGAGAUUGUCUGAGUGAGUGAACCUACAAGAAAAUGAAGAGUAAUAGUUGCUUAAAAAGUCAAAACUUAUGUGCCAAGUUCUACUAGAAUCCUGCUUGAAAUAGCACCUUUCUUAGCUUUCAUGGACAAAUAAUGGAAACUACUAAGUAUUAUCAACCCCGUUAAAGAAAGACUCUUUCCUUUAGAGAAUCUCUAUUUUAAUAUUUUUGAUGUUGAUGUCAGUUGCUGUGUGACCUGUCCAUGAACACUGAACAUUUAAUAAAAUCGGUAUAUUUCUUUGUUUUUACAAAAUUAAACUUUACACACAGACACAGCUUAUUUGUUCUUUUUCUCAUUGUUGACCUGAAAAGUCUUUCCCUGCAUAUGAUCUGUAAAGUGUAAAUACAUUUUUGAAACCCAUGUUUUGAUCUCAUUGAAUGUUACUUUGAAAAUGUACUAUUGCCUGCAGUGUAGAUAAGUCUUUUAGUGGAUCUGAUUUAUUCCAGUAACUUCUAACAUAUUUGUUCACUAAUCUCCAGUUAACCCGUUAUACCAGGAAUGAUGAAGAGAGAAAAGGCAUUCACACUGGAAGCGCUCUGUACCAUUCUGAGCUCUGUGCUAGGGAUGUACAUUCUUAAACUCUGUACUGCCCUUUGAAAAUUGUGAGAAGGUUCUCAUUUUGUAGUCCAGGGACUAAGACACAGAACCUUUAAAUAACAGGGUCAGAGUGCAAAGUUAGAUGUGUACACACAGCUUGUGUAGCAUCAACAUCUGUGCUGGUUCUACAAAAUAUAGUGGAAUCGAACUUGACAUAUAUAUAUGCACUUAAGUAGUAGGAUUUUAAUGAUGAAACUUUACCAUAUAAAGUAAAUUUUAGGGGUGAAUCACAGUAACACUUUCAGGAUAAAUACAUUGUUCCUUUUUGGAACAGCAUGAGAAUAGAAUGUCAAUUGUAGAUAUCUUUAAGAAGCAGAGUUAAUAUUAAGAGUUAAAGACACACACAAACUAUAGUUUGGAGUUCAUAUGAACCUUUUGUUAAAAUAAAUAUAUUAAAUUAUUUUACCUGGCAUGGUAGGGAAAAUGUAGUGUCCUACUCUAAGAAAUAGUCUGGGUAUUCCAGUUGACAUCUUAUUAGGCCACACUGAGCUGUGCUCAACACAUGCAGAUAUUUUUUGACCACCAGGAAAUUAUAGAAGGCUUUUAGAAGGCAUAUUGUUAUAACUUGUGAUCUUCAAUGUGGACAUUAAUUUUUAUUGUAUCUUGUGUGAGGUAUUAGUUUAUUGAAUAUUAUAUUAAUUCAAUAUUUGCCUUAAAUGUAUUGUCAAAUGAAAAUAUAGACAGCUUCAUUGUUGUUUGGUUAAUAACUGUUAGUUAUUGUUUUAGGCAUUUUAUUAAAUUAAUUUUGUAAAUUA